UAAGGACUUGGGGAGAUAGAGUAGGUGAUGGCAGUUUUGAAGUGUAGCAGAAAGCUUACUGCAUCCUGGGAACAUGGAUGCUGGUCAGGGAAGGGGAAAUGCGCUUCAAGUGGCAAAGGUCCCUGUGUGGUUUUCUUGACUACAGAGACCAGCUGUCUGAUUAUUUGGCUUGAUAGACUUGUGACUGGAGAACAUUAAAAGUAUUGAAAAUUGGAUGAUUGAGGAUACAUUUGAUGGAGGGGGAAUUUGCCUCAGCUGUUCUGUGCUCUUUUUAGACUAAGAUGCUUAUGUUGAAAGACCCAACCCUUUGCCAGAGUCAUGAAUAAGUUUCUCUUCUUGAAAAAAUCAAAGCCUCUUCAUUUUCAGAGUAGGAUUCAGCUGGGAGUAAGAAUAGUAAAUUGGUCACAUACUUCUCUGUUGUCUCUUUAGCCUGGCUCAAGUCUACCAAAAGGCUCUAGGGCUGUGGGUCUCUUCUGGAGUAAAUUAUCUGUGCGAAAUUAGUUCUUAUUUUAUUUCAGGCAACUCUGGGGUAGCCCUCCUGGCCUGGUAGCUUUGAAGAAAGAAGAGUAGAAGGAAAAACUAGAAUAAGUCAUGUCGGAGAUACUUGACCUCUCUUUUUUGUCUGAGGUGGAAAGGGAUUUGAUCCUGAAUGUUCUACAACGAGAUGAGGAGCUCCGAAAAGCAGAUGAGAAAAGGAUUAGGCGACUGAAGAAUGAGUUACUGGAGAUAAAAAGGAAAGGGGCCAAAAGGGGCAGCCAACACUAUAGCGAUCGGACCUGUGCCCGGUGCCAGGAGAGCCUGGGCCGUUUGACUCCCAAGACCAACACUUGUCGGGGUUGUAAUCACCUGGUGUGUCGGGACUGCUGCAUCCAGGAAAGCAAUGGUACCUGGAGGUGCAAGGUGUGCGCCAAGGAAAUAGAGCUGAAGAAGGCAACUGGAGACUGGUUUUAUGACCAGAAAGUGAAUCGCUUUGCUUACCGCACAGGCAGUGAGAUAAUCAGGAUGUCCCUGCGCCGCAAACCUGCAGUGAAUAAAAGAGAGACAGUGGGACAGUCCCUCCUUCAUCAGUCCCAGAUGGGCGAUAUCUGGCCAGGAAGAAAGAUCAUUCAGGAGCAACAGAAGGAGCCCAGUGUGCCAUUUGAAGUGCCCAAGCUGAAAAGUGGAAAGAGUGCACUGGAAGCUGAGAGUGAAAGUCUGGAUAGCUACACAGCUGACUCGGAUAGCACAUCCAGGAGAGACUCUCUGGAUAAAUCUAGCCUCUUUCCAGAAUGGAAGAAGAUGGCUGCCCCCAAAUCUCAGGUAGAAAAGGAAACUCAGCCUGGGGGUCAAAAUGUGGUAUCUGUGGAUGAGGGUGAAAUGAUAUUCAAGAAGAACACCCGAAAAAUCCUCAGGCCUUCAGAAUACACUAAAUCUGUGAUCGAUCUUUGCCCAGAAGAUGUGGGGCAUGAAAGUGGCUCCUUGGGAGACAGAAGCAAAUCUGUUCCAGGCCUCAGUGUGGAUAUGGAAGAGGAAGAGGAAGAAGAAGAAGACAUUGACCACCUGGUGAAGUUGCAUCGUCAGAAGCUAGCCAGAAGCAGCAUGCGAAGUGGCUCCUCCAUGAGUACGAUUGGCAGCAUGAUGAGCAUCUAUAGCGAAGCUGGCGAUUUUGGGAACAUCUUUGUGACUGGCAAGAUUGCCUUUUCUCUGAAGUAUGAGCAGCAAACACAGGCUCUGGUCAUUCACGUGAAGGAGUGCCACCAGCUGGCCUAUGCCGACGAAGCCAAGAAGCACUCGAACCCAUAUGUGAAGACUUAUCUUCUGCCUGACAAAUCCCGCCAAGGGAAAAGAAAAACCAGCAUCAAGCGGGACACCAUUAAUCCACUAUAUGAUGAGAUCCUCAGAUAUGAGAUCCCAGAAUCUCUCCUGGCCCAGAGGACUUUGCAGUUCUCGGUUUGGCAUCAUGGUCGUUUUGGCAGAAACACUUUCCUUGGAGAGGCAGAGGUUCAGAUGGAUUCCUGGAAGCUUGAUAAGAAACUGGAUCAUUGCCUCCCUUUACAUGGAAAGAUCAGUGCUGAGUCCUCGACUGGCUUGCCAUCACACAAAGGCGAGUUGGUGGUCUCAUUGAAAUACAUCCCAGCUUCCAAACUCCCCAUUGGAGGUGACCGGAAAAAGAGUAAAGGUGGGGAAGGGGGAGAGCUCCAGGUGUGGAUCAAAGAAGCCAAGAACCUGACGGCCGCCAAAUCAGGAGGGACUUCAGACAGCUUUGUGAAGGGAUACCUCCUUCCCAUGAGGAACAAGGCCAGUAAGCGUAAAACUCCUGUGAUGAAGAAGACCCUGAAUCCCCACUACAACCAUACAUUUGUCUACAAUGGUGUGAGGCUGGAAGAUCUCCAACACAUGUGCCUGGAACUGACUGUGUGGGACCGGGAGCCCCUGGCCAGCAAUGACUUCCUGGGCGGGGUCAGGCUGGGUGUUGGCACUGGGAUCAGUAAUGGGGAAGUGGUGGACUGGAUGGACUCAACUGGGGAAGAAGUGAGCCUGUGGCAGAAGAUGCGACAGUACCCAGGGUCUUGGGCAGAAGGGACUCUGCAGCUCCGUUCCUCAAUGGCCAAGCAGAAGCUGGGCUUGUGAGCCCCUGUCCUUCUCUGCAGGUCCAACCCUGUCAAGGGCAAGUCAGAGGAAGUGAAGAAACCAAGGGUGAAGAUUUAUAAUUUAUGUGUGUGUGUGUGAUGUGUGUGUGUGUAUAAAUGUGUAUUUCUACAAAUCUCAUUAUGCUAGAGCAAUGUAGACUUCUUCCCCUUUUUAAAGCAGGCUUAAGAAUAAGGGUCUCCUCAAAAUGUUUUUACUUGUGCAUAAACUACUAUAUAUUUUCAGAGUCCAUUUUUCUUAUAUCUUUAUGAGAUUUAAUUAACUUAUCUUUUAAAACAACGUUUUUAUCAUCUGUCUUGCUAUCCUGGUUCCUCCUCCCCAGGAAGCCCUGGCUGCCUUUGGCAUUCAUACUGGUCUAUGUUUCAGGGUGUGCCUGGUCUGAGGCCAAGGCUCUGGAAAGUAGGGGUAGAUUACUAAAGACAGGAGAAGAUGGGAGAGAGGUGAGUAGGUCCUUUCUUUCUUCUCCAAUUUAUGCUUUUAACUCCAUUUCUACCUUGAUACAUUUCUGGAAUUUGGUUUUUAACUCUUCUUGUUUAUAGCAGUUUCCACCUUACUUGGGUCUAAUGGUUUUCUUGGAAAUGCUAAGAAAAUGUCUAAGUUGCUUCCAGUUUUGAACAUCUUCCCUAGGCCUUUGAUGGACCCUUACAACAGAGCCGCUUUAGAAGAGCACUUUAAUUAGAUAAUUGCCUUUGGACUGGGUCACAGGCAUGCCCAGUAAGGGCUUCUCAGUGGUCCCCAAGGAGACCAGUGACCGAAUAUCUCCAAGCCCAUGCUGAAUUCUUUGCAUUUUGAACUGAUACAGCAGUCGUUAGAGAGCUCCUAAUUUCUCUAAUGAAAGGGAAAUUAGGAGCUCUUCCCUCUCACGUACCACACUUUUCUUAGUGUUUGUGUCUGCUGUGUGUUACCACCCAGAAUAGGGUCUGCAUACUAUUAUGUCAGCCGGAAUAGCCACAUAUGGUCUAAACCAGUCCAGUGUUUCUCCAGGCUGGGCACUGUUAGUGUCCAAGAGUGUGUUCAGAGAAUCUCCCAGGUUUUCUUUCUUCUUGAAGUGGUUUCAGUUCCUGUUUUUCUGUUGUUUCCUAAAGUUGACCUAGAUGUGACCUGGUUGUGGUGGGUUGAGACCUUUCUAAGAAGGGUCUAGCGAUCUAAGGUUCAUUUUCUGAAACUCACUGUCCCCAACUGACCUUUUUAUUCUCGCAGUUGUAUCUUCACAAAGUCAUUUGUAAAAGGAGUCUGUACCAGGAAAGAAAACUCUUUCAGUAAAGUUGGCUGCUAGUGGACUCUCCUAUAAGGCUACUGGAUUGAAGGUGGCCACUAUGGUUUCUGUUGUAUGUGUGAAGUGAAUGGAAGAGUGUUUUAAAAAGGUUUAUUCGGUGUGGAUUGAUAUUGUAAUGGAAGGCAUAACUUGGGUUCCUGGACUGUCAUUUGCUCCUUUGUUCUCCACCCCCUAAAAUGUGUGUGUGCUUCAAUAAAGCUUUCUUCCUUGUCAA